AUGGUGGCACCUUGCUACCGCGGUGAUCCGGGCGUGCGGCGAGUGGAGGAGGAAGGACAGGGACAUGCAGACAAGACCACAGCAGCGGUUGAGGGGCCAGAGCAGAGGCGUGGUGAGAGGGGAACGUUUGGGGUAGUACAGCUCCGGGGGUGGACAUUGGAGCCAUGCGAGGGGGAUCCAUCAGAAAGCCAGGGGAGAAAGAGAAAAAGGCGAAGAAUCCACAUUCGCACGGAAAGGAUAGCAGGGUGCAUGAAGGCCACGAGGGAAGAGAAGCAUGUUAACCUUAUCAAAGUCAAGCGGGCGAAGAGAGCAAGGCCGAUUGCGUUCGGGGAGGUUGCGGAGAUCAAGUCCGGGCUCGGCUACCCGGGGGCUGCUGGUCAGGACUCUUUGGUGAAGCGCGGGGCACCUCUGUCAGAUGAUCCAGAGAAUCUUCGGCGGCACGCCCGGGCUCCGUGUCAUGCCGAGGGCAAUAGUGCUGGUGCCCCGAGCCAUGACGGCCAAGCCCUCAUGAUGGGAUCGGGGGACCAUAAGUUAGUGGACAAUCUGCUGACCCCCCUCGACAACAUCCGAAACAUCACCACCGUGAGGGCGACCCUGGCAUGCCACGGAGGCGACAGUGUCGUCGAAAGGUCGAUACCCCUGCCAAGCGGAGCUUCCGUGGUUGCCAAGACGGCCACGGAGUGCCUUGUUGCCGUCCAACUCGCCAGUCUUGAUAGGGUUUCCUCCUGUCGAUCUCUUCUGGCGCUUUCCUUGCAGGAAGUCGUACAAGGUGGCGAGCUACCACAGGCGCCCCUUCCCGACGAUAUCGGGCGUGGUGCAAGCCUGCUCGGAGAACUCAGGCUCAAUGUGUCGGGCUGGGCAAAGAAAGAGCUGAACGAGGAGAACCUGGGCCAUCACGGGGCUCUCAGCACCACAGAUCGCCACGAACUGGAAAGAGAUGGGAGCACGGACGGAGGGAUGGGUCAGGCGGUUGAGCGUCGGAACUCUGCCGUUAUAGUCACCGCAUCAUCAGCCCCAUCAGCACUCCGUCCGUUGUUUGCAGCAUUGUCGCGUGGUGGUAGAGCAAGCGUCAUCGACACGCUCCUCGGCCAACGACGGCGGGAGGCGCCUCCACAAAGGACGGGCUAUGAAGCGUGCGUGGCGGCGCUGUGCAAUGCUGUGCUCUCUGAUGGCGAUCUGUCCGUAACUGCAUCUCGUGUGGGGUGGAUUGCAAGCUCGGGAGCGCGGAAUCGAGAACUGCUGUGUGCAGCCUUCUGGGCGGGAUGUUCUGGCGCACCGGGAGAGCGUAACGGUAGCAGCAUUGUACAAGACAACGAUGGUCUCACGGACCUUCAGAUAGCCGGUUAUUUCGGGUGCAACGGGAUCGUUCUCAGGCAGAUCUUGAGCGCUGGCACUGCGGUCUUCGAAGAGCUCAAAGCCGACCGUGGAACUCUGGCUUGGCUGUUCGUGUACGUGAACCGCACGACGCGAGCACUCUGUAACGCGAUUCAUCGCAACGACACCGUUGCCAUUCGCAUCCUGGCGGAGGGCGGAGCACCGGGGUGGGUUCCGGUAAGAAACGAUCGCACUCUGUUGAACGUAGCGGCGAACGUGAGCGCCGGGUUUGAAGCAAUGUUAGCUCUCCUCGACCUAGGGUGUUAUCCCAACGUCCCAGACAUCCAUGGAAAUAGGCCGCUGCACCACGUCGCCACUCGGGGGCACGCCGAUGUGGUGGCGUUGUUGAUUAUUUUCAAGGCAGAUGUCGAAGCAGUCAACAAUUGGUGCGAAAGUGCACUGAUGUGUGCUGCUCGGCAGGGACAUGAACGCGUAACGAUGGUCCUGCUUGGCGCGGGGGCAGAGGCAGAAGCGCCCAACAUGGCGGGCAACACUGCACUAAUAUUCGCAGCAAGGGAGAGGCAUGAGAGGGUGACCCAGAUACUAUUGGAAGCUGGAGCUAGGUGGGACGUCCGCAACCAGACAGGCGACGCUGCGGUUUUGCCUAUGUCAAUUCCAUCAACAACCACCGUGUGUCCGCCUUGUACAUGGCCAUCCAUCUACAACCGCGAUGUUGAUUCCAUUCGCUGUCUGCUGGUUACGGGAGCGUCCGUAACUACUGGCUUCGGUACCUUCGAAUCGGCGAUAUAUUUCGCGGCGUGGUGUGCACAUCCAGUCACCAGAAAAAGCUCGGACCCUUGCGUCCGAACGAUCUUAGAUUUCGGGGUAUCGGUGGAUCUAGAAGGGGACGCGAGCGUGGGCAGCCCCCUUCUUCAAGCGGUUCAGAACCAGCGGUAUCACAUAUGCAAUGUGCUGUUGUAUCACGGAGCUUCACUUUCGCGAUUGUACGAGCAUGGUGAUACCGUUACUCACCAAGCGAAAGAUGGGUACAUGUUGGAGAUUUCGAUGGCCUUCGGACCCCCCUCGUCGCCCGCAACCUACUUCGAGCAAGGUUUCAUCGAUGCCGUGUACCUGCUUGUCGCGAGAGAUAUCGGGGCCAUGCACGUUGAGGAUUUCCAUGGGUGGACCCCCUUGCACACUGCCGUUGAGCAGGGCUUGUCGUCGCUCACGCCCCUUCAUAUCGCCGCCGCAUGCAGAGGGCGUGUCGAUGACGUCAAGCUGCACGCCGCAUCAGAGUCCGCUGUGUCGAGACGUACCAUGGAAGGCCACACCCCGCUACAUGUGGGCGCAGCUUUCGGCGACGCGGAAGUGGUUCGUGUGCUGCUUGCAGCAGGUUCUUCGCCAACUGCGACGGACAACUCGGGUGGGACCCCACUGCACAUGGCUGCGAAGUUCGGGUGUCACGACACGGCCUUAGACUUGCUGGAGCAUGAUGAGAAACUCGUUGUAGCGGUGAACUAUCAAUGCGAAACGCCUUUGCACAUCGCUGUGAGCCUGAACGAGCAUGUCGGAAUCGCCACUGUCGAAGUUCUCCUUUUGUUUGGCGCCUCCACGGCUUGCGUAUACUUGAGGGACGAGUCCCCGUUGACCAUUGCGGUCCUGCUGGAACGGAAAAGCUACAACGGGCCAGCUCGGUCAACCAGAACAGUUGACGAAGAACGUCAAACGCCGCUACUGUGCGCUGUGGACGCGAACGACGCAGCCAUGGUAAGAACGUUGCUUGAUCAUGGUGCUCCGGUGGGGCCACGGAACCCUCACGAAGUGGACCCGCUGAGGCUCGGCUGUGAAGAAGGACAUGUCGCCGUGGCCAGGACUCUGCUCCAAGGAGGAGCUUCUCCGGGAACCGGAGGGGAGGAAGGGUUCACCCCGCUCCACGAAGUCAGCUUCCGCGGGUUGACGGACGUGGCUCAGGUACUUCUAGAUGCUGGAACUAUCCCUGGCCACUGUUUGAACGAGGCACGCGAAUCUCCCCUCCAUGCCGCUGUCAUCGGGGGGCACGUAGGAGCUGUGAAGGCCCUCCUCCCCCGCCUGACGAAGAGACAGGUCAACAGGCGCACUCGGGGCGGAAAGACAGCCCUCCCUCAUCUCCUAGAGGCGGGCGGAGACCAUACCGAGAGAGGUAUCCUUGACAGGUCGUGCUUGACAGUUGCAGUGGCCGGAGUACAGCCGACGCGGCGCUCUGCCAGUGUGGUCCAGGUGCUGCUUAAGUGGGGCGCCGACCCGACGUCGUUUUGUGCCAAAGGUUUCAACCCUCUGCACCAUGCCUGCGCCUCGGGCGUGGACCCAGCAGUUGUUCAGGUGCUUUUGGACGGCGGAGCGGCCGUGGAGACGCCCUGUCUAGGCUACAGGUUUCUUCUACCCAUCCACAUGGCCGUGCACAACGAGCACGCGGACGUGGUUCGCGUGCUAACGGAAAACUCGGGAGUGGCUUGCGGCCUGAACCAGAAGGACCCGGCCCAGAGAAUCUCCCCGUUGACCAUGGCGAUCUCGAACGGCGACGUCGAGACCGUACGCGUUCUGCUUGAAGCGGGGGCACUGCUGGAAGAGAACACGCUGGACGUAGACGGCGUCGCGAAGUUGGGGUCGCACGUUCAUGUUGCCCUCCGCAAAGGGCAGGGGGAUAUUUGCCUGCUGCUUCUUCAAGCGAUGGCCUUCAAGGAACAAGCCGAGAAGACUCAGCCGUGA